GAAAGACAUUUAAUAUUUCUCUCUCCUCUUUCACCGCCCAUCAUAUGAAAAACGAAAACAUUCGUAUUUUGUAUUGGUCUGAUGUAAAAAAUUAUGGCAUAUAGAGCUAGAUUAAAAGAAUUUGAUGACCUACUUCAACAAGAUGUAAUAGAUCUAGAAGGUUUAAAAAAACUUUCAUUUCAAGGAAUACCAGAUGGCCAAUCUCAUAGACCGUUGUGUUGGAAAUUGUUGUUAAAUUAUUUGCCACCCCAGCAAAACCAGUGGGACAAAUAUCUCCGAGAGAAAAGAGAACUCUACAAACAUUUUAUAGAGGAAAUGAUUGUAAUGCCUGGUGGAAAAGAAGCAAGUGGAGAUGUUACCCUAGGUGAUCAUCCAUUAAACAUCAAUCCCGAUAGCGAAUGGCAAACUUUUUUUAAAGACAAUGAAGUUUUAUUACAAAUAGACAAAGAUGUUAGAAGACUGUGUCCAGACAUAUCAUUUUUUCAACAACCCACUGAAUUUCCAUGUAAAGAGAUAGUAAAUAGUGAAGACGUCAAAAGACUGCAUAGUAGAGUACAAAGAAGUGUUCUAAAAUGUGCCAAUGUAGAAAGGAAAGGCCUAGGAAUAACCAAGAUUGCAUUAUUAUCAAAAAAAGCAAAUGAAGACUAUGCACCAAUGACUGAAGGUAAAGAAGCUCAUUGGGAAGUAGUGGAAAGAAUAUUAUUUUUGUAUGCAAAGUUAAAUCCAGGACAGGGAUAUGUCCAAGGAAUGAAUGAAAUUGUAGGUCCAAUUUACCAUGCAUUUGCAUCAGAUGCUGACAUAUCAUUUAGAGAACACGCGGAAGCAGAUUGUUUCUUUUGUUUCACAAAUUUGAUGUCGGAGAUUAGAGACUUUUUUAUAAAAAGUUUGGAUGAAUCUGACAGAGGAAUUAAUGAAAUGAUGAAUAGGUUACUAACUCAAUUAAAAGUUUGUGAUUUAGAUGUAUGGCUCAAAUUUCAACAAUUAGAUCUUAAGCCACAAUAUUAUAGUUUCAGGUGGAUAACUCUAUUGCUCUCUCAAGAAUUUCCUUUACCCGAUGUACUUAGAAUAUGGGACUCACUAUUCUCAGACAAAAAAAGGUUUAAUUUUCUCAUAUAUGUAUGCUGCGCAAUGAUAGUAAUUUUAAGAAACCAACUAUUAGAUGGUGAUUUCCCGUCCAAUUUGAAACUUCUCCAAAAUUUUCCUCCAAUGGAUGUACAAAUAAUUUUAUCGAAAGCCGUCGAAUUAUCCCAAGCAAGAUAUUUUAAAAUUAAUACUCAUUCAUAAACUGUUGAUAGUUAUCAAUCAUCCUCUUACAAUAAAAAAACAUAUAUACAUUUUUACAUAAGUACUAUUAAUAGAAUGAAAUUUAUACAUAUAGAAUUUUAUUUACAAGAUUGUAUGUAUAUGUUGAAAAAAUUGCCUUUUUUACUAUUAAAUAAUGAUAUUUUUAAUUUAUUAUAUAAGA